GUUUUCAAAAACAUUGGCUUUCAGCAAUCCAAACCCGCCUACACAUCUACAAGGCACUCUAUCCAACAUGCCAAACACCGAUAACAACAGUGACGAGAACAACCACAGCGCGCGCAGCACCUUCACCAUGCCUGACAGCCACAUGUCUGGAACAAGCGAUCCACACAUCCCCGAGCAAGACAACUUCGAGGAUCUGGACAUGUCAGAAUUGGAGCAGCUUACCAACCUCACCGAGCAGGUAGAAAGCGCGUUCUGCAUUACGGAAGACAGCUCUUUCACGCUGCUCUCUGCCCCCGGUAACAACGAAAACCGGGCACCAAGCCAGCAAGCUGGACGAGAAAACGGCGGCACCUCUCUGGAUCCCUCACAACACUCUCAGCAUAAUCACUCUCUCCCACCACAUUCCUACCAUCUAGACAUACCCAAAAUACCCGACCUACCAUCUCCACCCUAUACAUCCGAGUCCCUCGACCUCGUCAGUAGAGUCCCAGCUGGUCCCGAGCUAGUCGGGAUUCUGAAGAAGAGCCGCGACAAGAGGGAAAGCAAGAAGGUGAAGUUUGCAUCCUCGCCUCCUGGGAAGGUAGUGAAACGCUACCGAUCGGGCCAGGUGAUGGCUGAUUCGGGGAAUGUGUAG